AUGGAGCACAAACCGUUAAUUCGGAAUGGUCGAUACAACAACCCCAUGAUUGACCGUUAUCAGGAAAUGCAAUCUUCGUAUGUUCAUGAGAAAUGUCAAGUUGACUUGAUCGAGCACUUAUGGGAGAUGGAAAUCACAGUGGAUGAAGUUAAGUUUAAUGCUUUAUUUGGAAUUAUGCUUUGUUUUGUGUGUGUGAAUUAA